AAGAACUCGGUAUUUUUAGCGCGCGGUUCGUGUUGCAGCGUCGCGAGGAGCCGCUCGUCUCUGCGCCAUAGAGGAUCCACGCACCGCACUGACUGCGCGUGAAGUUUGCGGGUCCGGUAGGAAAAUAAACGCGGGAGCACCGACACCGGGCAUCCGGACGGAGCUCUAGUACGCAUCACAGUAUCAUCACUUCGCUGUCGGUGGAACGGCCUGCCCGGUGAUGGCGAGCCCCGCAGCCUGUCGAGAGUCCCCGCCGCGGGAGCAGGCGCCACCGGAGCCGAACCAUCCCGAACCAGCCUGCCUGGAGGCGCAGAAAUGGAUCGAGGCUGUAACAGGGAAGAGCUUUGGAGACAAGGACUUCCGCAGUGCUCUGGAGAACGGCAUCCUGUUAUGCGAGCUGCUGAGUGCAAUCAAACCGGGGCUGGUCAAGAAGAUCAACAGACUGCCCACCCCCAUCGCCGGCCUGGACAACCUGUCAGUCUUUCUGAGGGGCUGCGAGGAGUUGGGCCUCAGGGGUUCCCAGCUGUUUGACCCCGGCGACUUGCAAGACACUUCCAUACGAGCGAACUUCAAGGACUCCGACUGCAACCGCAAACUAAAAAAUGUGCUGAACACAGUGUUCUGGUUGGGAAAGGCUGCCAGUGGCUAUGCCUCCUACAGCGGCCCUACGCUCAACCUCAAGGAGUUUGAAGGGCUUCUAGCUCAGAUGAAGGUGGAGAGCGAGGAAGGAGGGGACAGUCCACAGAAGCGUUGCGUCAGAGACAGCGGCUACGACUGCUGGGACUCUGAGAGAAGCGAGUCUCUCUCUCCACCGCGACACACCCGAGACAACUCCCUAGACAGUCUGGAUUCCUUUGGCUCCCGCUCACAGCACAGUCCUUCUCCUGACGUGGUAAAUCGAGGAAACAGUGAUGGGCGAGGCAGCGACUCGGAGGCCGAAGCCAGCAGGAAGCCAGAUGUGCGGAAGGACGACAUGUUAGCCAGACGGACUGCCAGCGGUGAAUCGAGAAGCUCCAUCCCCUUCAACCAGUUCCUUCCUAACCGAACCAACGCCAGCUCCUACAUCCCGGCUCCGCGACGAAAACCACAUCCAGAAGAGGGAGAACAGCGGAGUCACCCUCAAGCCCCUCCAGAGCAAAACAAAAAGACUGGACUGCACCACAAAACUCCCAAGACUGUCACUUGGGCACCUGAGAGCAAUGGGGAAAAAGCAAAACAGGAAGAGGAGCCGGACACCCAGCAGGCGUUGGAGCAGAGGAAGCUGCAGAAGUUAGAGAAGGCAGGAAUUAAAGUUCUUCCUGCUGCCGUUCGCUACAGCAGCCCUCCCAUAGUGGAGGAAAAAGAAGUGCGGUCACCCUCCCCGAACAUCAUCCUUCGUCGUGAUAAUGACUUUUUGAGCUCUCAGAAAUCUGCGUGGGAUUCCGCCUCUGAUGGCGAAGAGGAGGCCGAAGCACGGAAAGUUCCAGAUGUUCGUAGAGAUGACCUGGCGUCCAGACGAGCCCAUCGUGGCCCCGUUGCUUCUAAGGUGCAUCAGUUCAUUCCUGCUCCUUUGUGUACCAACAAAGACCGCGAGCGCUGGGAGGGCAUUAGACGAGCCUCGCAGCAGACACUGCAGGAGAAGGAGAUCAGGUCAGCCAUUGAGAAGGAAGCAGUCCCUGACAUCAUUACACGCAGAGACAACCCCUUCCUGAACUCUGCCCCUCGCCAUGAGGAAGAGGAGAAUGAUGAGCAUGAGGGAGAAGAGGGAAAGCUUGAGGUGAUACCUAAUAAGCAGAAGGACGACCUGGCUCGUAGGCGGGCUCAGAGCAGGCCCCUCCCUCACAGGGACGGACCAAUGAGCUUUGUUUCUUCCUCCAUGAGCCAGGCCGAUAUGCAGAAGUGGGAGAGACUCAAGAUGACUGAACCAAGUGAGGCUAGCCCGGCCCCUGUGUGUCAGGCUUGUCUGGAGAAAAAUUAUGGAAGUCCUUUCAGCAGAUCAGCAAAGGCUGGACGAGGUCACAGCAAAGUUGUGACCUUUGGGGGCGUGACUGAGAUCGAGCAGCCUAUAGACACAGUCAUAUCAAGUGAAGGGGAGGAGACGGAGUUGCUAAGACGACUCCGUUCCAAGGCAACCGUAGCCAUGCCUACCGUUGGCCUGGGCUCCCAGCUUUCAGAGCGGGAACGCAGCCAGAUAGACGGAGCUGACUCCAGUCAAGCUACCCCUGCCUCUGCUGACCUCCCACCCUGGACCCCUGAGGCCACUCCAGCAGAGCUAGAUGCUCGUCUGGCUCAAUAUGAACGGAGGACAGAGGAAGAUGAAGAGGAGGAAGAGGAGAGAAUCCCAGAUCUUCAGAAAGACGACAUGAUGGCAAGGAGGACAGGAGUUUUCCAUAAACAAAGCACCUCUACAGCAACUUACAACCGUUUUCUGCCUAUGCCCGCCUCCAGGCGCUGCACACGAGGGGAGGGCGCCACAGACGCUGCUCCAAGAAACAAAAAGCAAGUCCAGGCAGACAGGAGCGUGAAAGUGAACGACAGGACUUUCUGUCACAGAGUGGAACAACAGCAACCCAGGGUUCCCAUGGAAACACCUCAGCAGCAGCCAGAGACAGCAGUGAUCCGGGCAGCGUCUCAUGGCGAACAUGAAUAUGACAAUAAUGAGGAUGAGUAUGAUGAAAAUGAACCUGUGCCUGACUUGGAGAAGGAUGACAUGAUGGCACGAAGAACCGGAUCAUUCCAAAAAGCAAGUGCAGCCAAAGCAAAUCAGUUCUUGCCUGUACCUGGAUCAGUCAAAUAUACCAUCAGCCCAGUGUCUGCAAUGAAGCAGCUCCACAGCAGGCCUAAAUUCCCAGUGAAGAUGGACAGCGAAAGCGGCAUUGUUGCUGUGGCGGCAGAACCUCAGACCUCAGACCUGCCAUCCAAACCCCCAACCAGCCCUACAUGUGCAUGGCUGAGGGGGAGGCAGGAGGAGGAGGAAGAGCAAGAAAAGGAUGACAUGAAGAUCCCUAGCACCACUGACACAGUUGUGGGUGAACCUGUUUCCUUCCCUUCACUCGUGUGUCCACCCAGUCCUCCUCCUCCUCCUCCUCCUCCUGCUGCUGUUGCUGCUGCUGCUGCUGCUGCUGCUCAGAUCUGUAGAGUCGAGGCAGAGCUGGAGAAGCAGGAAGUUGAAGAGAAAGUCGAGGUGGAAGAGAAGAAGAUGGAUGUGAAUGAGAAACCACAAAAGAAACCCUUCUGGCUGGAGGAUGAUGAGCUUCCUCCAAUAAUGAUGAGCCGACGAGUUGCUUUUAUGUCUGAGGACACUGAGAGCGUGAGUAUGAGUGACAUGCUGAACGAGGAAGAGGUGGGACAUUUACCGCCACUGAGCCAAUCGCGAUAUGAACGAAUGCACGAGCAAUACCACAACUUUCAGGAGGACGAGGACCACUGGCAAGACGACUUGGCUCGCUGGAAGAAUCGCCGCCGCAGCGCAUCACAGGAGCUCAUCAAAAAGGAGGAGGAGAGGAAGAAGCUGGAGAAAAGGCUGAAGGAGGAGGGAGGUGAUAAGAGAAAAAGCAUCAAGACGUACAAAGAGAUCGUUGAGGAAAAGGAGCGCAGAGAAGCAGAGUUGUGUGAAGCCUACAGAAGUGCAGCGACGUCAGAGGAGGCGGCUUUGGUUUUACAGCGUUACGCUCUCCGCUUCACCAUCAGCGACGCAACACUGGACAGCCUAAAACUGCCCAGAUCAAAACCCAAACAGGACUUAAUUCAAGUGGACAAGGAGCACAAACCAACAUCACAUGUUAAUAACUCUGAGAUGUCAGAGCCUCUGCACAGACCAGAAUCAACCAUUACAGUGAACCAGAAGCACACAGAACCUGAGGAGAUGGAGACAACUAACAAAGAAGAGAAAACAGCUGCCACCAUCAUCUCCACCAGCUCUCCGGCGCCUAGCAGUCCCGUCUCCACAGUCACAAACUCACAAAAUGUGCCACCUCAAUCACUACAACUUUGCAAACCACAGAUACAAAUGACAGAGUCUCCGUCUACACAUCAGAACCAGAUUACAGGAGAUGCUCAGCCUCAGACCAAACAAACCUCCCCUCAGGCUGCUCAAGUGCAGCCUGCACACACAGUCCCCUCCCCUCCAUCUGUCUCCUCCAGACCUGUCCCCCUGCUGGCUGCCAAACCCUACUGCCAGCCCAGGAGCACACAGUCUGGACACAAACCAGUCAAAAUGGACGGGUUGGUGCGAGUGAAUGGAGACGCAACGGAGGAUUUAACUGCUUCCAUCCCACCUACCUCCCCUCCGCAGUCACCACAGGAGAUCAAAGAUGUUCCCCCCAAACAGACAGAGAAAGAUGUUCCGCCUGAGGAGGCUGGAAAAAGUCCAGAGCCAACAGAGCAGCCGCGACCUCCAAAGGCAGGAAAAUCGACCUCGUCUUCAGCUUCGGCCAUCAGUUCCCUGAUUGGAGGCCGAAACUGCAUCAUCACAACAACCAUUGUGACAGAACUCACACAGACUGUUGUGGAGCCACUUCAGCCAGAACCCCAAAGCAACGGAAAGGUUGGGACAAGCGAGUUGUGUGGGAGUCCAUUGGAGGAAAAGAAUACUCAUCCAGCAGCAUCAGCCAACAGCAUGCAGGACUAUUGUCCCACUGUCACGGAAGGACUUGAGGAAGGCAGUGUGAGCAUUGAGACCCCCAUGUUGAACUUGGCUAAACGUGUUAAUCACUGGGUCUGGGACCCCAAUGAGGAGCGUAAACGCUUGGAAAGGUGGCAACAGGAGCAGGAGCGUGUCCUCCAGGAGCAGUAUGAAAAAGAACAGGAGAAGCUGAAGAAGGAAUGGGAGAAAGCUCAGCUCGAGGUGCAGGAGGAGGAAAGGAAACACAAUGAAGAGGAGAGACGGAUUCUGGAGGAGACUGUCACACCACUUAAUCCCACCGGCUUGUUGAACCAGCAGUCAGGACAGACAGCGAUGCCUUCGUCAGCCCCACAAAACAACGACACCGGGGGAAGAAAUGUUGCCCCGCAGCACAACGGCCAAAGAAUCUCCACAGGGAACGAGGAUCAGCACGCAUCCAAGCUGCAUUUUUUCCAGGAUUCUGCCUUUGAUGGUGAACCGUCAAAGAAACAGGAACUUUGGAAAACAGCCUCUCUAGACCGCAACCCUCAGCUGAACCAGGCACAGAUUGUUAAAAGAUCUGGAUCCCAUGAUGCUGUCAUAAGUAAACAGCAGUCCUCACCUUCAGCGCCUCAACCUCCCUCUCCCACCAGGUGUGUUAGUGGAAAGAGACUCUGUUCUGGUUGUUCUCAACCUCUGGGAAAAGGAGCUGCUAUGAUCAUUGAUACGCUGGGACUGUUUUUCCACAUACAGUGCUUCAAGUGUGGGGUGUGUAAGGGGCAGCUGGGUGACGCCACUGCAGGGACUGAUGUAAGGAUUCGCAAUGGACUGCUGAGCUGCCAUGAGUGCUACAUUGCAUCUCGGGAAGCCCCUCACUCCAUUAUUCUGCACCCAAAACCCAUCCAUCCAUCCAUCCAUCAUCUAUACACCGCUUGAUCCUCAUUAGGGUCGCGGGGGGGCUGGAGUCUAUCCCAGCUGACUCAGGAAGAGGUCAGCCCACUACGCUUUGAUGACCUCCUUUUGGAACUGGAACCUCUCCAUCACAGUCAGUGAUUGGAUGAAGAACAAUUAUGAAACCCUGAAUCACAUUGUGGAACAGUCCUGGAAUCCUCAAAGCUUGGGAAACUUCAUUUUUUUUUCUUCUUCCUGAAAUGCACAAGCAGCUGGGAUGGGUGUUCAUGACAAAGGAACUGAGAGAUGUGGACUAAAUGGCACCACAACAUGCACAUACAGCACUAUAGAUGUACUUCUUAAAGGUACACAUGUAUACACUUCUUUUUAAUAUGUGUAGCAUGGCUGUAAUCAAGAAAUCAGUAUGUUUAGGCCUUUGCACAUCCAUACAAGACACUUGAAUAAGGAUCUCUCCUGUCGCAAGCUGAACAUGUUGUGCUAAAAGUUGAACACUGCUGUUUUGAACACAUUAGUCCUCAUUAGCUCCUGCUUCUGUGCUGAUCAUGAGACUCCAUACUCCCAGAGUGUGAUGCAAACUGGUUCGGAUUGGAUGACCUGAAGUAGCUUGACCAUUAUAAUGCCUUACUCAUACUUUCUCAUUCUUUUUGGAUUUUGUGUUUACAGUUUUGCAUGAAAAAUGAGCAUAUAUAAGUUAUUGUGAGUACUGCUCAGAUGGAUAGUGAGUUGUUAUUUUCUCAACGGUAGAACUUUUAACUGUUCUCUUGUAUGUUGUACAUCAUCAUGAUAAUUUUGCAUUUUUUGGAAAUCUGGCUGACUUACACAAGCUUUUUCUUUAUAAAUCAUUUUGCAGGAAUGAGAAUGCAUGUUAUUAAGUGACAAUACUUGUUCUUUGGAUUUUAAUAUUUUCCCUUUAGGAUGUUUUAGCCAUUGUUUCUCCUCAUAGACUGACUACAUCUGAAUCGGUGCCUUAUGUAACGAAUGCGAGGGCGAGUGUACAGGAUGUGCAGGAGUAUUUCACACUCACACUGACCUCUGGGUCUAGGCACAUGGUGUGUGUGUGUGUGUGUGUGUGUGUGUGUGUGUGUGUGUGUGUGUGUCAUGACUGUGUGCAUGUAUAGGUAUGAAUGCAGUGUGUGUGAUUUGACUUGAAGCACAGUUCCAUACCAGCAAAAAAUAAUAACGUUAAAUGGAUCAGCCUCUCCUAAUCACCUACUGUCCUCUUCCACUUCCUUCAACAAACAAAACCAAUGACACAAAGUUAUUUGCUGCUUCCCUCUUAGUCGUUGACCAAUCUUACGACAGUCUGCAAUGUCCUAAAGUCUCUCCUCGUCUGCCUCCAUCACAAGUGUUGCCUCCCCAGAGUCUGAGCUUCUAUCUGGACACCUGACAGCAUCUUCAUCACUCAGAGGAACAGAGCUCAGUUUGUUGUCUUUUAUAGCAACUGUAUGUUUAUCAAUAAAAUAUUUUAAAUGGGA